AUGAAUUGAACGAUCGGCCAACCAAAAGCUACUUUUGGUUUUGCCGUUUCAUUAUGUGAUUAAAUGUCGAGUGUUUGGCUGUGACGAACAAGAAGCGGGCUGCUCUGUCUGUCAUUGUUUUUCUCGCGCCUUCAUCUUCUUCAACUCAUCGCUCUGAUCCCUUUUUCUUCUCUUGUUCUUCAAGGCUCAGUAGGUAUUAGCAUAUCACGAGGGAACUUUACAAUGGCAGAAGAUGAUGUGUAUACAAAAGAUGGUACCAUUGAUAUUCAUAAGAAUCCUGCUAAUAAGAAGAAGACUGGAAAAUGGAAGGCUUGUCGCUUUAUUCUCGGGAAUGAAUGCUGUGAAAGAUUGGCAUAUUAUGGGAUGAGUACCAAUCUAGUGAACUAUCUUCAAAUACGUCUUAACAUGGACAAUGUAGCUGCUUCAAAUAGUGUUACUAGUUGGUCAGGAACCUGCUACCUUACACCAUUGAUUGGAGCUUUCUUGGCUGAUGCUUACUUGGGAAGAUAUUGGACCAUUGCUAGUUUCUCAAUCUUCUAUGUCUUUGGCAUGACAUUGUUGACGAUGGCUGCUUCAGACCCUGGAUUGAAGCCAUCUUGUGACAAUACUGUUUGCCAUCCAACUGGAGGUCAAACUGCUGUCACCUUCAUAGCACUUUACUUGAUCGCCCUCGGGACCGGGGGAAUCAAGCCAUGUGUGUCGUCGUUUGGGGCCGAUCAAUUCGACGAAAAUGAUGAAGGCGAAAGGAAGAAGAAAAGCUCCUUCUUCAAUUGGUUUUACUUUUCAAUCAACGUUGGUGCAAUGAUUGCCUCCUCAGUUCUAGUAUGGAUACAAAUGAAUGUAGGGUGGGGGUGGGGCUUUGGAGUUCCUGCAGUAGCUAUGGCCAUUGCUGUAGUGUUUUUCUUCUCCGGUAGCUCGUUGUACCGUCUGCAAAAGCCAGCAGGAAGUCCUCUCACAAGAAUCUUGCAAGUUAUAGUUGCAGCUUGUAGGAAACAAGGAGUACAAGUUCCAGAGGAUAAGUCUCUCCUUUACGAGACUGCUGAUGAUGUCGAGUCGAUCGAAGGAAGUCGCAAGCUCGAGCACAUGAACGAGUUAAAGUUCCUAGAUAAGGCUUGUGUAUUGAGGGAAAGUGAUGGAAUGAAGGGGCAAGGGAAUGCAUGGAUACUUUGUACAGUGACACAAGUUGAGGAGCUGAAAAGCAUUAUCAGAUUGUUGCCUGUGUGGGCGUGUGGAAUAGUAUUUUCAGCAGUGUAUAGCCAAAUGAGCACCAUGUUUAUUCUACAAGGUAAUAUAAUGGACCAGCACAUUGGGGCAAGUUUCAAAAUUCCAUCGGCCUCGCUUUCGAUCUUCGAUACCCUCAGCGUUCUGUUUUGGGCUCCCGUAUACGACAGACUCAUCGUCCCAAUGGCGAAGAAGUUCACGAACAAUGAGCCUGGCUUCACACAGCUACAACGGAUGGGAAUAGGACUUGUCAUAUCUGUUUUCUCCAUGGUUGCAGCAGGUGUGUUGGAAGUUUUCAGGCUGGAGUAUGUGAGGAAGAACAAGCUAUACGAUGCGGAGUACAUUCCGAUGUCGAUAUUCUGGCAAGCUCCACAGUAUUUUUUGAUCGGAUGUGCAGAAGUGUUCACUUUUAUAGGACAGUUAGAGUUUUUCUAUGACCAAGCACCAGACGCAAUGAGAAGCAUGAUGGCUGCCCUGUCGCUCAUAUUGGUUGGAUUGGGAAACUACUUAAGCACAUUGCUCGUUACAAUCGUGACGACCAUGACAACGAGACACGGGAAGCUCGGGUGGAUUCCUAAUAACUUAAACAAGGGACAUCUCGACUAUUUCUUCUGGCUGUUGGCCAUUCUCAGCGUCCUCAACUUCUUUGCCUAUCUCUUUGUGGCUAAGUGCUAUCGCUACAAAAAGGUAACAGGUCAUUUGCGCUGAAAAAACCAACUUCAAUUCUCAGUUCUUAGCUUUUUAUUUACAUUUACGUUGGAUUUGUUUUGCUUUGAAUCACUUGUUGGGAUUGUUUCUUUUGUUCUUCAUUGGUUGCUUUAUUGACUUUGAGGCCUAAGUUAUUGAUUGGGUUUUUGUUUUCAACAGUGUUAAAUGUGUGGUUUGAUCAAUGAAAAUGUUUGGUUUA